AGAACAAGAGAUUUUUUAAUUGAAACUGCAGAAAAUAUAUCAAUAACAGCAGUCCACCCACAAUCAGACAGCUGCACACGGCAUGGGGAGCGCAAGCGCAAUUUAACCUUAAAACUACGUCGGUUGUUGUAUAGAGCAAAGAGAUAAUGUUGCCGGUCGCGUGGAUGCGUGCUGCGAAGUAUUCCCAAGUCAAGAAUGCUGUGCGAUGCUAUCGUCUUCUUGAAACUAAUUCUGCUGCCGGUCAACUGCUAGCAUAUAGAUGGAAGUCUUCGACACCAAUAAACACAGUAAUAUUGUUUGUCCCGCAACAAGAAGCAUGGAUUGUAGAAAGGAUGGGAAAAUUCCAUCGUAUUCUGGAACCAGGUCUAAAUGUAUUGGUACCUGUAGUUGACAAAGUGAAAUAUGUACAAAGUUUGAAAGAAAUUGCAAUUGAUGUACCAAAGCAAAGUGCAAUUACUUUAGACAAUGUUACAUUAAGUAUCGAUGGAGUGCUGUACUUAAGGAUAGUAGACCCAUAUUUAGCUAGUUAUGGAGUAGAAGAUCCUGAAUUUGCUAUUACCCAACUAGCACAAACUACCAUGAGGUCAGAAUUGGGGAAAAUAUCAUUAGACACAGUGUUCAGAGAAAGAGAAAGUCUGAAUGUGUCAAUAGUAGAGUCGAUAAAUAAAGCUAGUGCUGCAUGGGGAAUCCAAUGUCUUCGCUAUGAAAUUCGUGACAUCAAGUUGCCUUCCAGAGUCCAGGAAGCUAUGCAAAUGCAAGUUGAAGCAGAGAGAAAAAAGAGAGCUGCCAUCUUGGAAUCUGAGGGAAUUCGGGAAGCCGAUAUUAAUGUAGCUGAAGGCAAGAGACAAUCAAAAAUUCUGGCAUCAGAGGCUGAGAAGCAAGAACAAAUUAACUUGGCAAAUGGUGAAGCACAAGCCCUGCUCUCGCUUGCAGAGGCACGAGCGAAAGGUCUACAGCUCAUUGCAAAUGCAUUAAAAUCUAAGGUUGGUUGUGUACUACAAGUUAUUGUAGUGCUUUAAGUUAUAAUAAUCUAAUCUCUUUUAACUUACACAUUGACUGUGUUACAGUAUUGUCUUUCAAUGUUUUUUAAUGGUUUCUGCACUUCCUACAUUAUUCUACAGAAUUCUGAGAAAAUACAUUUUUACUCAUUUUGGCUUUUACUGAAAGAGAACUUAAACUUAUGCUGAUACACUUCCUUAAAUCUCCUUCUAAUAAGCUUUAUUUGAUGAUGGUGCUAAGGAUGGAUGUCAAGGAGUAUAUAAGGGAUAUUCAAAAAGUUCCCGGAAUGGUGGUUAAGCAUUCUAAAUUCUAACUGGAGCCUCAGAGU